ACUCCAUUUACCUGCCCAAGAAGAGAAGACGACUGACAUGACAAUCCAGCAUCCAAAGUGCAGUGCGUGGCAAGACACGAAGCAAAUAACACUUCCAGAAUUCCCAGAACGUGCGGAGAGGCAAAUGUUAUUAAGAGCAGAAGCGUCGCCUGUAUCUCAGAGAGAGAUGUAUGAGACACCACAGUCAGGAUGUCCCUCUUACUCCACGGCUACCAGUCAAGUUCAGCAGCGAGGAAUCGGGAAGCACACUUGGUAUCUGAGCUGAGGGAGAUUCUCAUGUGUCCUGUUGCCACCACAAGUCCAGCUUCAAGAAGCCCACAGGGACUGACGGCGGGUGUCAUGGAGGAUAAAAAAGACGACCACGAGUCGGAGAUCCAGGAGCACGGCCCUGAGCACUGGUUCUCCAAGUGGGAGAGGCAAUGCCUGGCCGAGAGCGAGCCCGAGGAGCAGAGCCAGGAGCAGAGGGCGUCGCUGGAGGAAGAGCAAACGCAGCAGAAACUUUGGCAUUUAUUUCAAAAUUCAGCCACCGCCGUCGCCCAGUUAUACAAAGAUCGGGUCUGUCAACAACAAGGGCUGUCACUAUGGGUUCCAUUUCAAAAUGCCGCCUCUGCUGUCACCAAUUUAUAUAAAGAAAGCAUUGAAGCUCAUCGCAGAAGUUAUGAUUUAGGAAUUCAGGUCGGCUAUCAACGACGCAAUAAGGAUGUGUUAGCUUGGGUAAAAAAGCGGAGACGAACCAUUCGCAGAGAAGAUUUGAUCAGCUUUCUCUGUGGAAAAGCUCCACCACCUCGCAACACCAGAGCUCCCCCAAGACUUACAGUAGUAACUUCACCCACUAGAGCAGCCACAGCAGAAACUAACUCAUCUGUAGAAACCGAUUUACAACCCUUCCGUGAAGCCAUUGCACUCCAUGGUCUCAGUGGAGCAAUGGCUGGUAUAAGUGUACGCUCAAGUACUCCUGGAUCUCCCACACAUGUAAGUGGUAGCUCCAACUCUUCCCGCAGGAGAAAUGGACUCCAUGACGUGGAUUUGAACACUUUCAUAUCAGAAGAAAUGGCACUCCAUUUGGACAAUGGUGGCACUAGGAAGCGUACCUCAGCCCAGUGUACUGAUGUCAUCACAGAUUCCCCAACGCACAAGCGCAAUCGGAUGCUCUGAACUCUUUAUAUUAAAAAAAAGUUGCUGUGCUACUUCAAAGCCACUUGAUACUCGACACUUUCUUGAAUGAAAAUGGAGGGCCAUCAUAACUUGUUUGAUUGUGAAAGUACAAGUGAAUUCAAUAAUGAUUGCCAUAAAGGAAGUUCUAACUAAUGCAGUAGAUGCCUCUUGUAAUUAUGGCUUUCCCAAUACUGGUCUUGUGACAGAGGACAUCCGACCAUUUUGUGUAGUAGUUAGCAAGAUCAUCAUAGGUAAAUGCAUUAGGUUCCAAGCUAAAGUGACCUUAACUUGUUUUCUCUUAAAGGGAAGGGUAAUAUUGGAUGUUAAUUUGGUUAAAACCGUUAAUUGCCCUUUUUUCCUCGAUGUUGACUGUCUGCUUCAACAGUAUUGCCGGUAUAUCACUGAUUGUCUAUGUUAAAAUGGCAUCUUCCGUCAAAUCUGCAGACUUCCAUUUUACAGCACUGUACUAAGACACUACUGGUUGUGUAUGGUGCGAAGAUAUAAGUUGUAUCAAUAUUGGAUUAUUUUUAGUUAGACUCAAGCAGCUGCUAAUUCUGUGGAUUGUGGAAAUGGUGCUAUGAUGGUCAUGCAAUUAAUACUAAAUAUCAAAUCAGCAUAAGGAUCUUUAUUGGAUUCACUUCUUGUGUUUUAGUGUUGCAAAAAAUUACAACAUUACUAUUGACUUUCCCAUAAAAAUUCUAAAAAAUACUCUUGUUAUGUUUAAAUAUAUAAAUAUAUAUAAAUAUAUGUAAUGUGUAUAUACUAAGCAUUUGGAUGCUGGUAUGAUACCCGUGCUACAUAAUGUAAAUAAAAUGUGCACACCAAAACCUGGAGUGGAUAUGGAAAAUCGAAAUUGCAUCAUGCUUGGUUUAACAUUUCCUUCACACAGUGUAGCUGGUCUGAUUAUUCAGCUAGUUCUUGGGACAGAGGCUUUGAAAGUGGAUGGAAAAUUGCGACUUGCUCGGAUCUUUGUGGUCUGCUCGCUUCCAAAAUUGUCUAAUAGCCCAUUUUAAAGGAGGUAAUUUUUUUUAUACGUUAAACAGUUAAGACUUGGAAUUGCUUUUCAAACAAGUCAUCCUGUCUCACAAAAUGCUGGUGCCGCCUCUUUGCUUGCAUUUGUGGGCACGAUGCUGCAGCUUUCUGCUCUGUUUUCUGGGUGGUUUUAACCUUUGAAUAUACACUGUGGUAAGGAGGCUUUCUGCAAGAAUUUCUGCAGUUUACUGUAAUGGAGUAAACUUUGCUUUCUAAGUUAGUGUUGGAAUAAAAUUCCAUGGCUCGUGGUCACUACAAUACCCAUCAAGUUGCACACAGACUGGAGCGCUGAUGUACACUAACUGAAAUGAUUGCCCGUUUGCACAUAUGGAUACAUCUCCUCGGCAACUAUUUUGAGUUGUCCUGUUUUCUGACUGGGAAACCUAUGCAAAGUGCAAUUUAUCUUUUCAACUAAUACCACAUUGCUCGGUUGUCGUGCUGGCCUCGGUCCAGUAGCCGACCCAGUUAGCCUAGGAGGUGGCUCGAUUUUCUUUAACCAGAAGCAGUUAAGGGUAUACUGCAAAAAAACGCACUUUUUUAUUUUGUGAAAGUAUCUAUCCUAAGGCAGACAAUUUCCUCCCUCCCCAUCCCAACUUGCUGGUUUACAGCUAGAAUUGGGUGCAAGUAAAAACAUGAGCAGCUCAGAAUAGCUUAUCCUGGUUAAUGGGGAAACUUGACCUCUAGAAGUCUGUUGAAUAUCAACCAAAUUUUUAUUAGCAUUUAUCCAAAAUGCUGAAAAUCCGCAUUGUGCGUGAACCGUGCACACACAUUUAUAUAUACCGAUUUGUCACCUCAUUGUUGGCUUUUAAUUUAAAUGUCUUUCCUCAGAUACUGGGCUGUUUUGAAAACUGGGAUGAUGGGAAACUUGUGGUGAGCCAAGUUUGAGAGAGCACACUUGUGUAGGGCGUUGAGAUAGAAUGCCUAGUGUAAGCUCAGGCAAUGGAUCAAAAGAUGAAAACAAUUGUAGAUCUUUUCCCAUCUAGUCAAAAUGUAAGAGCUUUAUUUUUGGGGGGAGGGGGGGGGAGAGUUAUCUGAUGCUCAAAUUUAUUUUUAAAAAAAAAUUGUGCGUUUUCUAAAAGUCUUGACAGACUUUCAGCAAAGCUUGCACUGAGAUUUUCAGUUUACAAUGACAUUUACAGGUCUGUACUUGUUAUUUGCGUUUCAAGAAUUAUUUAAAAAAUGACCCUGAUAUCGCUCUUUGCAGGAGUGCUUUUGGCCACUUUUGUGGCUCGAUGUAUGUAAUGUAAAUUUUUUGAUCAUAAAGACCUGUAGAUAGGCCACCACUGAGGCAAUUGAUCCUUUUUUAAAAAAAAUUCCAUAGAAUGUUGAAGUUGAGUUUUAAUGUGCUGGGACAGUAUCACUUGAUGUAAACCUGCCUGGAUGGCUUUUUAAGUUGCACGCUGUUUGUGUUCUUGUUCAUUUUAUUUGUAAUUGCCAUUUCAAGAGGGGUAGAUAACACUUCCACUUUUUAAUGCAUAAAACUGUACCAUAACUGCUGUUUUAUCUAACUGUAGCGUGCACUUGGAAGAAUAAACGCCAUGCAAAUCA